GCGAGGAAGUGUGGUGAACAUGAUCGUAUGCUUGUACACCAAGCACAAGACUCAGAAGAAGAAGACGUACCACGACGGACAUGUGAUACGCUCUGCGACGAAGCUAACCCUCCUCAAUGACGCGGGGGUGUCCAUUGAUUCCAUGGCUCAAUCGGCCACUGAGUGGACGCGGGACUUUCCGCACUUCGACUUUCCCAAAUUCCUGGUUGAUAUUGACGAAGAUGUGUACACUGGUAACAAUGCGCUACCAUCCACGGGAUCUGUUCCUUAUCCUGGGCCAGAGGGGGUUGCGAAGACGGCACCUCCGAGCAGCUUUGGUCGACCUGGCGGGGGUAGUGUGAAACCACCGCCAGGAAAGUACGUCCCUCCUCGAAACAAAUUUCAACCACCCAAACGAAAGUACGACGAGGAUGCUGGCGAAGCGAUCGAAAACAAAAACGCGGCCGACUUCACUCGCACAUUUACACUGCAGAGGCCCCAGCAUGAGCAACCACUUCACCACCCUCCGCCAUCGACAUCUACGCGUGCACCAACCGCGAGAUCCCAUGUUUCUGCACCAGGCAUGUCGGCGAAGAAGAGUCGGUACGAUUACAACAACGAAGACAUGCCCUGUACGGAGGUGAUCCCAGUCAUACGAACAUCAUCGAACCAUCCCAAGUCGUCCAUGGUCGACACCACUAGCGAUUUGUCCAAGUUAGUCAGCUCUGAAUGGCCGGAAAUGCCCAAACCACUUCCUCGAACUUACGACGAAAUCAGGCGCCUUUUGGGCGUCCUUGACGACCCGUGACGGCCAACAGGCAAGCAACGAAUAUGAAGACAUGGUAUAUUUAAUAGAUAGGCCACUUCGACGUUCAGGGUGGGGUUUGAGUUGAUUACUUGUGUUUCGCGGGGUGGUCUUUGGCAAUGAUGAGUUCCACCGAGUCUUUGGACUGAGUGAUCAAGUGCUUGGACAAGACAGGCUUCUCGUCGUCUGGAAUCGGCGCAUACCCUUGCUGGUACAUGAUGAAGUUCUGUCGCAGGCGGAUCGCAAUGUAGAUGAUGAGCACGACAACCACCACCACAAUCACUUCCACGGCCACCAUGAUACAAGGUGAGUAUGGG